AUGAACUACGACGACUCUGAGGAACCCAUCUUCAACCGCAACCUCGUGGUGCCCACCCUCCUCUUCGGCAUCCUCUCUCCCGGUCUCCUCCUCACCCUCCCCGCCGAGUCUCGCGGCUUCUGGCUCUCUGGCCAAACCUCGACCCGAGCGAUCGUGGCCCACACCAUCGUGUUCGGCGCCGUGCUGGCCCUCGUCCGCAGCCUGUGGCCCAGCAAGAAGACCACCUCCAAGUAG